AGCGCAUUCCUUCACAAAAACAGCACUGUGAGAAAAGAGGAGACACAUUUUUGAUGUAAACUAAAAAUGCACUGGGUUAAAACUGGAAAGAGAGUCAGUCUGUAGUUUGGCUGUAACUUGCAAAGCUUCCUCUUUACAUGAUAAAGAGGCAUGGGAGACAAGUAUAGUUAUGAUCUAUUUAUAGAUAACGAGUGCCACUUUUAGAAUGUAGGAAAACCGCGCGCGCAGUGGUUUGUUUUCAGAGGUUCCUCGGUUGGUUAUUAAUAUUUCCAUCAUCGUGAGAAUAUUUGGAGAUGUUUGAUAUGGGCCUACUACAUUUAACGAAAUCUAAAUUUACGCUUUCUUUGCCAGGCACGAGAAAAGAGAGGUAGUCUGCCAACUACUUAAGACUGUUUACUUCGCGGGUCUUAAAGUAGCCUAUGUCAGGUAAAGAAAUUUAAUCUAAUGUGUGUGUGUGUGUUACAGUCUCUUAAGGAUGUAAUUCUCGACGCCAGUGUGUCUUCUGGUCACGGGAGUAGGGCAGGCUACCUUAUUAUAUUAUAUUUAUGGAUUUUAUCCAUCAUGCACUUCUGCCUAAACUAUGCGGAUGAUUGCAUUUUCCUCACGCAAAUGUUGGCUCCAAAUGUGUCCACUUGAUUUUAUUUAAAUUUUUAUUUAAUUAUAUUGUGUAUUUGCAUAAAUCACACGUUUAUAAUGUACAGUGUGCGAGAAUCCAGUUCCUAACUUUUAUUUUUCAAAAGGUUUUUCAGCUUUAAGUUAAGUAAGUUUAUAUUUAAUUUAAUGCUCUAACUGACCCAGCUCCGUUUAGGUUCACUGACCCAAAAUCAACACUCAAAAAAAUAUGUGGUAUUCUGACAGCUCUUCCUCAUUCCACCAAUUUCUCUCUGAGUGACAUGCCAACGGUUCCAAUGACUAGUUAAGUAUUUGCAUAGGGCGGGGCUCAUAAGCUCAUACGCCUCUUUUUAUUGGCUCAGCCGAACAUGAUGGUUGGUUUAUGUGAGGAGGGGGCGGUGCUACACACAGCAGCGCUUUAAAACGAGUUGCCUGCCUUCGCACGCUGCCAUAGUUCAGUGAGCGCGAGACGAGAAAGGAGGCGAACAUUGGAUAUCAACAAAGCAGGACAACUACAUACAUUUAUCUCACUCUCCGGACCUAGGAGUUCUUGAGAUACCGCUACAGCUGGAUUCUACUAGCAAGCCAAACGUUCCCUCAGACCACGUACCCAGAAUGAAGGCUAUCAGUCCCGUUCGGUCUGUCAGAAGCUGUUAUGAGGCAGUUUGCUGUGUCUCAGAGCAGAGCCUCUCCAUCAACCGUUGCAAGAGUCCCUCUGAGGAGCUGUCCGACAUGAAUGACUGUUACUCUAAACUCAAAGAGCUGGUGCCCAGCAUCCCUCAGAACAAGUCCGUGAGCCAGGUGGAGAUUCUUCAGCAUGUAAUAGAUUACAUCUUCGAUUUACAGAUAGCACUGGAAAACGAGACGGACACAAACAACGCGUCCGACUUGUUCAUGUCAAUGAAGAAUUCAGAGAUGACCCGUAAUUUCUCCAAAGAGGAUGGAGCUCUGUGCCAUUAGGACAGAUGAAUGACAACGUUCAUUGGUGCGGGAUAGAAACUUUCUCCUCCACUUAUGGAAGAAAAGAGAGUGAAGGGGUGAGUCGGGUGAAGGAGUGAGGCUCUAUUCAGAGUGUGGGAAAGCAAUCUGCGCCCCUCUCGAGAUGUCUAUUCUUUGGUCACUGGACACUUGAACAAACCAAAGCCGUGGAGUUUUGAAGAUCACAAAAAAGAAAAGCCUUCAGAUUUUUUUCUUAAUCGUUCCUAUUUUUUGUGGCAACAAUUGAACAUUGUAUAUUUUGUACUGGCUACAUUCCUGAUUAUUUGGACCAACUAAUAUCUCUUCACACACCCUUCCUUCCCAGCCAUUCUUGGAGAAUACCCUCCCCUUUUUUUUUUGAAAA